AAUAUUGGCACUGGGGGCAGCUGCUGCGCUGUCUCCUGUAAUUUUAGAGCCACUGAUGCGGAGGAAAGAUUUAAUGGGCAUUGGUCAGCGUCCCCUCUUGUGAAGGCGUAAGGGAAAACCAGCAGAUCGAGCGAGCGCGCAGAGAGGGAGGGUAGCAGAGGGAGAGGACGGCGAGGAGAGGAGCUGAGGGGGAGAAAAAGAAAAAAGAAAAAGAAAAGGCAGAGUUUCAACGCGUAAAGUCGGGCAACUCUCCGCUGGCAGCAUGGCUCUUCUAACGAUCGGAGUGUGUCUGCCGCUGUGGUUUUCUUAUUGCCUGGCCCAGUCCUCGUUUCUGGACAGCUUCCUGUCAUUCCCAGCAGCUCUCAGAUCCCAGGAGCAGCAGAAGAGAUUUAACCCAUGCUGUUUACUGAGUCCGCCACCACCCCCGCUCUUUCCUCCACCCCCUUCACUUUGGCGCCGCUACACACUUGAAGAAGACGGCUCACAUCACGGCACGGACUCUGGUCAUAAGAGUAAAGGCUCUGCCUGUGUCCAGGGCCCCGCUGGCCCCGCUGGACCUCCUGGACCUCAGGGUCCCCCUGGAUUACCUGGGAUGAGAGGGCCUAAAGGAGAAAAAGGAGAAAUCGGAAGACCUGGGCAAAAGGGUCGGACUGGGCUCCCUGGGGUUCCAGGGAAACAAGGACGGCCAGGAUGGCCAGGAACACCUGGGGACAAAGGUGAGAAAGGGGACCCGGGUCUAAUGGGGUUGCCUGGAUCUAGAGGACCAAUUGGGCCACGGGGUUUACCCGGGUACAAAGGGGAAAAGGGUUCUCGAGGUGAUCGAGGGGAGCAUGGACUCAAAGGAGACAAGGGCGCCGCUGGCUUCCCAGGAAUGCUCGGACAAAAGGGUGAAAUGGGUCCAAAAGGAGAGCCUGGGAUCUCAGGAAACAGAGGACCUACAGGCCGACCUGGAAAGAGAGGAAAACAGGGACAGAAAGGAGACCCCGGAAGAAUCGGUCCUGUUGGACCCGCAGGAGCGCAGGGAUCUCCCGGUCUCCCCGGACCUCCUGGCUUACCUGCCACAGGACUCUACAUGGUUGGAACUAAAGGUGCUCGAGGUCCACCGGGUCCUCCUGGCAGGUGCGGCUGCGGCGCCCUCAGCACUUCAACGUUUGAUGAUUAUGCCCACGCAGGAAACUAUCCCAAAGUGCCUGUGAUAUUCGUGGUGAGUGAUGAGGAAGAACUGGAGCGCCUCAACACUGACAACGCCCUCGCAUUCCGAAAGGACCAGAGAUCCCUCUAUUUCAAAGACAUUGAUGGCUGGCUGCCAAUCCAGACUUUUCCAUUCCAGAUGACGCCCUUCCAGUCCAUGGAAAAUGCGCCCGACGACGAGGGUUACUGCGGCGACGGGAUAGUGCAGAUCUCCAGCGGCGAGGAGUGCGACGACCGCAACAGAGUUGUCACCGACGGCUGCGUCAAGUGUAAACACGCCUACUGCGGAGACGGAUACCGCUACGAAGGGGUUGAAGAGUGCGACGGAAAAGACUUUGGAUACCAAACCUGUAACUCAUAUCUUCCAGGGUCUUAUGGGUACCUGAAGUGCACACCACACUGUGUUAUCGACUCUACAAACUGCAAAUUCUUCACAUGAGGAGGAGUCGGGAUUGUGCAGCCAGAUCCUUUGUGUGCCGCUGCUUGACAAGUGAUAGGACUGCUUUCAUGCAAACAACAGACAAAAAAAAAAGAAGAAUGCUCUGAAAAAGCAAAUGACUCCUUAAGAAGAGGAAACAAAUGUUCUACAGUGAAAAUGACAAAAAAAACAAAAAAAACCUGACAUAUAUGUACAAAUGCACACAUAACUCAUCUGUUUUUCUCUGUGGCGACGCCCCCCUGCGACGGAAGGCGAAAAUCUGCUCGUCGGAAACUUGCAGGACAGCUGCUCUGUGUCUUAACAAGCCGGACUUCAACGGGCCUCCUCGCCGCGCCGCACCGGACCGCAGCCAAAACCUUUCUGAAUGCAGCGGCUGUGCGACGGCCGCGCGGGCCUAAUUAAGAGGAACCGGGACGGAUUUCAGAGAAGCAGCAGCUGGAACAGAGGUGCAUUUAUCCUGACCCGGUUACAAAACACAAAAACAAAAAAAAAAGGAAACAAAAUGGGAGGGAGGGAGUGGGACAUCCAGAGAUAUUCUACUGCAGGGUGAAUGACAGCAAACAGCUCUUGCAUGAAGCUGGGCCAAGACUACGUUUAACUUACCACAACAUUAGCAACAGAGUCGGCCUCUGACGCUGCAAGGCAACCAGACCCACCCUGCUGUUUACCUAUGUUGCCAGGACUCUCUCUUUGUUUUUUUUUUUUGUUUUUUUUUACUGUACUCACUCCGUAUCAAGACGUUCUGGAUGUUCAAACCAGACUGUCUCUGCAAACACAGGUGAUUCACAAGGUCCAAAAACCUUCAGACGUCGACUUUAGCUUUGGUAUAAGUCAAAAAACGGUCUGAAGAUUUCAGAAAUCAAAAAGUACUCAGGAACAGGUGUAGCUCCACACAUGCCUCACUGUGUUUCUUGUUCAAAACCAAUGGCUCUGACUGUACUCUGACGCACACAGGGAACUCAAACAAAAAAAGCUCUGACACACGUACAAUAUGCAACCGCGCGUACUCAAGUUCCUCCCCUAUGCUUUAAAGCAAAAAAAAACAACAACGACAAGAAAAAAAAAAGAUGUGAAGGCUUGAAACUGUUAAUGCUCUUAAUUUUCCCUCAUUGCAGAGAACCAGUCGGACGUAUCUGUAGCUGCUAAGGGGAAGGAACUAAAAAUUCCUAUUUUCUGUUCUAAGGUCAUUACUGUAUCUACUCAAUACCUCUUUAUCCAGUUUAUUUGUCUUACAAAGCAACAGAGAAACUCAUCGGUAUCCUUAACUGCGUAGCUGUAGUCUGCUGCGUGCUGCAAACAUUACUGUGCUGAUAUAAGCUGACGUUUUUCCAUAAGCUACUGUACGAGUCGCCGUUUUUCCUUUCCUUUUCCUUUCCCUGAGCUCAGACUGUUAAUGCAGCCUGUCUGCAUGCGUAGCGGUGUUAAAAUGCACCACUUUCGUCGGGCGUCGUUUUGUCAGUCACCCUUUUUGCAUUCACUGGCACACAGCGGGUGUCUUAAAAGAGUGGCCCCCGUCCCCCGAAGUAGCCCAUUACUGUAUGUACGACGAACCUCGUAGUGAUGAACUGUGCCACGAACCAAGAUGAGAUGCUGUUAGAACACUGUGCCGUGACUGUUGUGUCCGUGUGUGUGUUUCUGUGUAUGCACAACAAUGCUGGAACAUGCAUGUGGUAACGUACUGUACCGCCCGGCUUUGUGAAGUUGUUGUUAUUAUUAUUAUUAUUAUUAUUAUUAUCAUCGUUGUCAUUAUGCACUGUGACCGGGAUUCAUGUUGUUUCAUUGUUCCGAUAUGAUUUUUACCGUAGCUGUGGGGAGAUUCUGAGAAAAAGACUCAAAUAAAAAGAGGAUUUCAAUUGUU